GGCAGCAUACGUCAUAUUGUAAAAACGGACCGCUGGAUUUUCUCCACAACCCAGGAGAGGUCUCCCUCGACAAUUCUAACUAUUAGGCAGUUUCCCCAUUACUUACUCAAAGCUAGCUGGUAAAAUAAUGAAAAAAGACUUUAACUUUAAAAAUCCAGUGUUAGUGAGUGAAGCACAGCUGCCUGUCAGCCGCCCUUGAACCGAACAUCUGUGAACAGCAGAUAUUAAAGCCUCUCAGUGAGAAGAAACCAUACACACUUCAUAGAAGAUUUUUUUAUGGAGACUAUUUUGAACUGCAAACCAGAGGACUUGGAGGAUUACUACGGGUUAUUAGGAUGUGAUGAACUGUCGUCGACUGAACAGAUUCUCAGUGAAUACAAGAUCCGAGCCUUAGCAUGUCAUCCAGACAAACACCUGAACAGUCCAAGAGCAGUGGCAGAUUUCCAAAAGCUGCAGGAAGCCAAAGAGGUUUUAUGCAAUGAAACCAAAAGAAAGAACUACGACCAUUGGAUAAGAAGUGGAGUUACUAUUUCUUUUCAUGACUGGCAAGCCUUGGAAGACUCCGUUAAAACUUCAAUGCACUGGGCUGUGAGAAAUAAGAAGGAACCAAUGUUGGAGGCUUCAAAUGCAGGAGUCCCAGUCAAUCCCCAAGCAGAGGACCUUCAUUCUGACCAAGAAGCUCAGAGGAUCCCUUCACAUGAUGCCAUGCCUUCUGCAAGUGAUUACUGCCAUCGACGUUUCCGUUGGGCCGCUGAUUCCCCGUCUAGUCUGCUGCAGAAAUUUAGAAAUUAUGAAAUAUAAAUAUAUCAACACUUUCAUUUAGUUAAAAUGUUUGUGUUUUGUUUGUUGUUGUCCUUAGUCAGUUGCAGCUCUGUUUAUUAUUGUAUACAUUUUUUGUGAAUAUGGUCUGGCUGUAACCCACUAAACUUGUUGUUAUUGUGAGCUCUAAAUGUGUCUGUUGCAAGUGUCAAAUCCUUUAUCAAGCUAAAAUCAGCAUAUGAGAUUAUGUGAAUAAUUUAUUUAGUCAUUAGUUUAGCUCAUUUGUUAAUUGUGUUCACUAACACACACAAUGUAGAUAUGAUCAUAGAACUGAUACUGGAGCAUCCUUAACUCUGUUAUGGUUUUUUUUUGUGUUGCUGUCAAGUCUAUAAUGUUGAAAACAUCAAACUGAAGCAUUUUUAUGUCUAUUAUUCAGUGUCUUUAACACCAUUGUUGCUUAAGUGGGAUGGGGUUUUAUCAGGCGUUAUUCAAAACGUUGUGCCAAAGAUGUAAUGUAAAUGGUCUUAAAUGUAUUAAAGUGGGCUCCAUACUUCAAAUGUUA